CACUUAUGCGUUGUUUAAGGUUAUCUCAACAGUGAAUACAACAGGUGUAUAGAUCAAGGUUUAUAAGUGCGCAGACAGAAAGAAGAGCAGGUCCAAUGUCGGUACAUAAGUGGGCAAUAGGCCUUUAUAGAUCGACCUCAGUGCUGCGCAACACUAUGAAAACCAAUAGGUAUUUUCCUAUACACAGUGCGCAUUGCACAGAAUUCAAUUUCGUUCUCUUUCUGUCAGACUCUAUUCUCGAUUAGGAAACACCAACCAAUGAGCAGGAUGAAUGCGUCCGUUCUUUGCCUUUUUCUCGUGAUUGCUGGAGGGACCACACUUGUAUCGGCAACAGCGCCUGCCUCCACAAAAAACACGGCAAAAGUGACCGUUCCUACCACUGCUCAAAGCGGCACCACAGUACCGAAUACAACACAUAGUCUUCCCACCACCGCACCGAAGACGACCCAUAGUCAGCCAACUGCUGCAGCAAAGACGACCCAUAGUCGGCCAACUACUGUACCAAAGACAACCCAUAGUCACCCCACUACUGUAACAAAGACGACCCAUAGUCACCCCACUACAGCACCAAACACGACCCAUAGUCAGCCAACUACUGCACCGAAGACGACCCAUAGUCGCCCCACCACUGCACCAAAGACGACCCAAAGCCACCCCACUACUGUUCCUACAACAACUCCUCAUGUGCCGGAGACAACUGCUCACCACACGCCCGGAAAUGCUACCACGUCCUCGACCCAUACCACUGCUGCGGCUGGUAAUACCACAUCGAAUGCAACCGGUUCGACUGUUGGUACCACUACACCGGCGUCUACAAAUCCAACCGUUCCUCGACCAGAAUAUGUCAUACCCAGUUACCAGUGUAAGAAUGGCAGCAAGGUCUGCAUGUUGUUAGUCUUUAACGCAACACUGAAAAUAAAAUAUGACACUACCAACGGCAAGUCCGGCGAGGCCACACUUCCCAUUGGCGGAAAAAUCAACGGGAAGGAAGCCGAGUGGAACACGACAUCGUCCUGCGAGGACGUAGUGCCGAGGAUCUUCAGGGUUCGCGCACAGUAUCCGGUACCAGACUCCAACGCGAUUGGUAUUGUGUCAAUGGACUUCCAGUUUGGUAUAUUUGGAACGCCGCCCUACAGUUUGGUGACGCUUAUUAUGGGCGACUGGACGUACACCGAGCCGUUUUUCCCGCGUGACAGUGUGAACUACGGAAAACGUGCAUUUGGAGCUGUCCAGGUGGAAAUGGGCACAAUGGGGAAGACGUUUGGGUGCCAGACGCUGAAUCUAACUCAGGGACCUCUGACGAUCAUUCUGGAUCACGUGAUGUUGCAGCCAUUUGCGGACUUUGCUAAUGGCACAUUUGGUGACGUGGAAGAGUGCAAGACAAACCCGACGACCAUGGAGCCGACCACGGCCACGGCGUCCCCUCAUCCCCCCUCCAAGCCCAGCCCCAGCAACGGGGGCAUGAUCGCCGGCAUAGUCAUUGGUGUGUUGGCCUUUGUCGUCCUCAUCAUUGGAAUCGCCGUGUUCGUGGUCAGGAAGCGGAGGAUGAAGGAAGCAGCCUACGGCCACCUGGACGAAGAACACAAGGAUUACGUUCACUAGAUUGCUUUUUUGUGAAGAGAGGAAAUCUAAAUGAUGAUUAGCAAAACAGCUCCUGAAAUUCGAUCAUUAAUUCGAGUUUUCACUUAUUAUUACUCAUAAUUAGUAAUACAAUUCAUAAAUUCAUUCAGGAAGCGGAGGAUGAAGGAGGUGGCCUACGGCAACCUGGAAGAUUAGCAAAACAUCUCCUGAAAUUUGAUCAUAGAUUCAGGCAUUAACCUUUUACUAUACUUAAUAAAUGAAUAAUAAUAGGCCCUACAUGUAUUCACAAAGAGAGCUACAUUUAACCAAUUCGCAUUGUCCCCAUGGGCCUUAUUCACGAGUCGGCCAUAUUGGAUUGAGAGUGAGAUAAAAUCUGGAAUUUUGGAA